CGGGGCUGGCCACAUGGAGCCAGAGCUGGAGCACGCACUGCACAGGACCCCUUCCUGGAGCAGCCUUGGGGGUUCUGAGCAUCAAGAGAUGAGCUUCCUAGAGCAAGAAGAUAGCAGCUCAUGGCCAUCACCAGCUGUGACCAGCAGCUCAGAAAGAAUCCGCAGGAAACGGAGGGCCAAGUCCUCGAGAUGGACAAGGCAGGAGGCGGUGAAGGAAGGGGAGCCACCGGGUCAGGGGCAAGGUCUCCGGUCCAGGCCAGCUGCUGAGUCCACCGGGCUGGAGGCCACAUUCCCCAAGGCCACACCCUUGGCUCAAGCUGAUCCUGCCAGGGUAGGCACUCCACCAACAGGGUGGGAAUGCCUCCCCUCUGACUGUAUAGCCUCAGCUACAGGCUCCAGCACAGAUGAAGUGGAGCUGGCCACGGAGUUCCCAGCCACAGAGGCCUGGCAGUGUGAGCUAGAAGGCCUGGUUGAAGAGAGGCCUGCCCCAUGCCCAUCCCCGCAAGCCCUGUUUCCCAAGCUGGGCUGGGAUGACGAACUGCAGAAACCUGGCGCCCAGGUCUACAUGCGCUUCAUGCAGGAGCACACCUGCUAUGAUGCCAUGGCAACUAGCUCCAAGCUGGUCAUCUUCGACACCACGCUGGAGAUCAAGAAGGCCUUCUUUGCUCUGGUGGCCAACGGUGUGCGGGCAGCCCCUCUAUGGGACAGCAACAAGCAGAGCUUUGUGGGGAUGCUGACCAUCACUGACUUCAUCCUGGUGCUGCAUCGCUACUACAGGUCCCCCCUGGUCCAGAUCUAUGAGAUUGAACAACAUACGAUUGAGACCUGGAGGGAGAUCUACCUGCAAGGCUGCUUCAAGCCUCUGGUCUCCAUCUCUCCUAAUGACAGCCUGUUUGAAGCUGUCUACACCCUCAUCAAGAACCGGAUCCAUCGCCUGCCUGUUCUGGACCCAGUGUCAGGCAACGUACUCCACAUCCUCACGCACAAACGCCUGCUCAAGUUCCUGCACAUCUUUGGUUCCCUGCUGCCCCGGCCCUCCUUCCUCUACCGCACUAUCCAAGAUUUGGGCAUCGGCACAUUCCGAGACUUGGCUGUGGUGCUGGAGACAGCACCCAUCCUGACUGCACUGGACAUCUUUGUGGAUCGGCGUGUGUCUGCAUUGCCUGUGGUCAACGAAUGUGGUCAGGUCGUGGGACUCUAUUCCCGCUUUGAUGUGAUCCACCUGGCUGCCCAGCAAACCUACAACCAGCUGGACAUGAGUGUGGGAGAAGCUCUGAGGCAGAGGACACUAUGUCUGGAGGGAGUCCUUUCCUGCCAGCCCCAUGAGAGCCUGGGGGAAGUGAUCGACAGGAUUGCUCAGGAGCAGGUACACCGGCUGGUGCUAGUGGACGAGACUCAGCAUCUCUUGGGCGUGGUCUCCCUCUCCGACAUCCUUCAGGCACUGGUGCUCAGCCCUGCUGGCAUCGAUGCCCUCGGGGCCUGAGAAGAUCCGAGUCCUCAAUCCCAAUCCUCUUCCACACCUGGAAGACAAUGAAGGGAGCCAGAGAACUCAGCCUUCAUCUUCCCCCACCCCCGUUUGCUGGUUCAGCU